UCGUUUCUAUCAUGGGAAUAGUCGUGCCCGUUGCUGUCCUGCCGUGCCAGCUCGAGCCGUGCGCUCCCGGAGGAAAUCAUCUCUGUCGUCAUUCGGCGGAGACCAAACACAAACACACACACACACACACGUGCACGCACACACGUGCACACAUACCAAAACCAUCACGGAUGCAUCAAGACGACGCUCUACGUGGAUAAGGAAGAAAACCAGGAUUUUAAAAUUUUUUAUUGUUCACUUCAUCCUGCACGGCCAGAGGAAGUAACUCUUAAGCGCGUCGGGAAAGUCCAGUGAUUUGCCCCCCCCCUCCACCCCAAACCCCACCCAAACCCCACCCAGAGCGUCACCACCGCGCAGCCAGGUGCGCGCCGGGUCAGGGGGACGGAGUGGAACCUUCAACCUGGCCGACAUGACGCUGCUGCCUGUCGUCGCAGUGGCGCUGCUCGCUGUCGUCGGAGUUGCUGAAAGUCAGAAGGCUGCUGUGGACAGCCCGUCGACGGCGUACCCCGCCAUCGACUUUCAGGUCCUCAAUGUGGAUCACGUGUUUCUGAGGCAGGCCACCCCCGAGUCAUCCAGGAACUCCAGCCUGAAGGCCCAGACUCAGUAUGUCCUCAUCACUGGUAAAGGCGGUGGGCUCCCGCAGCCAGCUGUCAACGCUUCAUACGGACCCCUGAGCGUAGAUGCUCCCAUUUCCCCGGACCUGCUCCUCAGCGGGCGCAGGAUCCUGCCGGUCAUUCUGGUCCGCAAGGUUCGCUCCUCAUCCCCCGUCGUGAAGAUUCUCUUCCACAUGCCCGCUGAAAAUGACGUCACUGCGGUGCAAGCAAAGACGGGCUCUGAGGAUGACAGCGGGUGGAAAGGCGCCGGAGCUAAGGCAAAGGACAGAGCCCACUGUGUGACCGCCUACGCCUUCUGGGAGACGAGGGAGGUCCGUGGAGCGUGCCUGGUGUUGCCAGGUGGGUUCUGCGUGGCGCAGCUUCGCCCCGAGCCGGCCUGGUUCAGCUCGGCCAGCCGAUCGGGCAGCGCCAGCAAGGAAGCGGGGAAAACCGAAGGGAUCAAGGGGCUUCAGGGGAACCUUGUUGAGGUCUACUUCCAGAGUCGGCGGGAUCGGACAGGCCAGUGUAACCCGCAGGACAGCCUACAGCGCGUAGGCGUGGGAAAGGGAAGGGGCUCCGGGGGGUCGGGGACGCCGAUGAGGCGAAUAGGGAGUGUCAGCCUGCUCAGGACUCAGUCGGGGAACCCCACCUAUUUUCGAGUGAGGCUGGGAGGCGCCGUGGUGAUCCAGACCUCUUCCAAGCCCCUGAAGGACACGGACAUUGCGACUUUCUAUGUCUUCCUGCCGAGCACAUCCACCCUGGAGACCUUUACUCUCAGGGCGACGGUAAAAGCCGGCCUGGCGUUCAGUGUGGCGCGGCCCAGUGACUCGGCGCUGUGGGACAUCGCAGUGGAGCCCGGCAGAGGAGCGACUCCCAACACCGUCUCCGUCGUCUGCCAGAGGAAGGUUGCCGUCACCGCCAAGAGGGGUCUUCUGGAAGUUCUACAGCUGGACUUUGUGCCAAGAGAUGUUUCGGAGCUGGCUGAGAGCCAGAUGAUCUCCUGGCGUCUGGAGUUGCCAGGGAACGUGAAAGAAGUGGGCAUAAUGCGGAUCUACACCACCCAGAGAGAUUAUGUGGGGCUGGCACCUCUGGUCAUGAACACCGAUAUCUUGAACACUGCUGUGCUGACGGGUGAAACGGUGUCGGUACCUGUGAAAACGCUGGCUGUCGAGGCCGACGGUUCAGUCACCGACGUGACCAACUACACCAGCUGUAGGUCGACAGAGGAGGAUGUCGUCAAGGUGUCCGAGCGAUGUGACUACGUGUACGUGAACGGGAAGGAGACAACAGGGAGGAGCCGGGUGAUGCUCAACUUUACUUACGGUUUCCUGAGCGCCCAGCUGGAGAUGAGUGUGUGGGUGCCCCGCCUGCCCUUGCUUAUUGACGUGGCCGACCCGGAGCUCAGCCAGAUCAAAGGCUGGCGAGUCCCAGUCAUUACAGGCAGCAGGAGGUCAACAUGGGACAGCGAGGAAGAGGAGGAGAUGAGGAAGGGAAGGGGUUGCAUGCUGCAGUACCAGCACUCUACACUCAGGGUGCUAACGCCGUUCAUAGCCCGGGCCGACGAUGAGGCGCCACCUGACCCGCUCACAGGGGACGCGACUGCUGAGUACUUCCUGGGUCCAGACUGGCAGGUGGAUGUGACCAAACUUGUUCGGUCCUCUCUGAAAGUGGCAGAUCCGGAUGUAGCCAGAGUGCAGGAUGGGGCGGUGCUGCAGGGACGGGCUGUGGGCGCUACUACCGUACAGGUGCUGUCCCCAGUGACGUCAUCGGUCCUGGCAGAGAGGAGCAUCAGGGUGGUGGAUGAUAAAGUGAGCGUGACGCAGCUGGGGGUGCACUUGGUUUCUGGACUCUCUCUGUCCCUGCAGCUCAGCCCGGGGAGCAGCGGGGCCAUCGUUGCCACGGCAACCACCAGGGAGACAAUCACGCAGCUCAAACAGGAGGCGGUGGUCAGCUGUUGGGUUCAGUUCAGCGACGGCACAGUGGUUCCACUGGAGCUGUUUGACCGCACCACCUACUCCCUGACGGUCUCCACCCCAGACGAGGGCGUGGCCACGGUACGCCGCACGCCGCUCUCCACGUUUUUGGUCGCGCAAGGCGAAGGCCGAGGCCAGGGGGCGCUGGUGAGGGUGGAGAUGAGGAUCUGCGAGGAAUGCCAGAAGUCCAAGAGGAAGAGCAAGUUGGCAGUGGGCACGGGGCUCGUCCGGGUCAACUUCCGGAGCAGCGGCAGGGUCGUAGCAGGGGAGCGCGGCGGCAAUAAGGUCGGCGCCGAUGGAGGUAAAGAUUUUGACGGCGGCGCGUCGGAAUUGGUGGGAGGGCCCAGAACGACACAGCGCGCCCUCGUGGAUGUGGAUAAAUGGUCCUUAAGACCGGCAGGUACCGCGCUGACAAAAAAGCCUUUGAGGCCGGACGCCGUGGGAUUUGGAACCACGACCAGACCUACAAGAAGAAACCCGUCUACUGACCUUCCCAUGACUGCCGCCCCACCCAGGCUGAACACGCCACUGAGCGCCGCCACACCUAAAGUUACCACAGUGGGUUCGAUUAAUAAAAGGGAAGGUCAGAAAAGAGGUUAUAGAAACAUGCUCGACAGCCCCGAUUCGCCUUCUAACAAAGACGUUCCCGAAGCAGAAGCGACACCGAAGAAGGAGCCGCCUAAAUCUAAGCCUCCGAAAGGAGACGACCUCGUUGCGACAUUCAGAGCCAUGUCGGACGUGGAAAUCGGCACUUAUGCCGUGGUCGGGGUCACCUGUGUAGCCAUCUUGGCUGUUUUGCUGAAAUGCGCGUCGAAUAAACUCUGUUUCCGGGGUAAAAAGACGCCGAUACAGGCGGGCCCGUCCCCUGCGGGGGACCCGAAGGACCACAAGCACGACUGGGUGUGGCUGGAAAGCAACAGCGAGGGCACGUCGGCCCCGGGCGCCCCCGCUCAGGUGUCCACGCUCAAACGCGAGGCUCACCGCCCGGCGGAGUCGCACCACUCCGUGGACUCGGCCGGCCGAGGCGGCAUGGAGUGCACCCUGCCCACCGUGAGCGCCCCCGCCGCCCCCGAAAGGACUGCCACCCUGGGCCGCAGCAGGAACAGCUCCCAGCAGCAGCAUUUUCAGGGAGCGGCGAUGAGCCCCAUGGCGAGCCGCUCGGCCACCUUGCUGGCCAGACCACAGCACAGCGAACCUCUGCAUUCCCCCACCAGCAAGAGGAACCAGGUCCAGUUCACCACCUUCACCACGCUGGACAUCAAGCACUUGGCUGCGCUGAAGAAGAACGGGGUGGACUUAAACUGGGCGCACCAGCAGACACUGCAGCACCAGACCCCCGCGAAGCCCCAGUCACCUUUACCUGACAUGCCGUGGCCUGUAGUCAAACCUCUAGCAGAGCCCCAGUGAGUGUGUUGAGAUGUUUCUGACUGUGUGUGUGUGUGUGUGUGUGUGUGAGAGAAUGAUUGAGUGACAUGCAUAAAGUGACAUGCACAGCAAGUUCUGGUGUAGAUUGAAAGAAAAGAAGCGGGCUUUUGUUUUUAGGGUAAAAGAUGACUUUAGAGGCCGUAUUUAUUGAGAUUAGAUAAAGGACAUUUUAUAUUAAACUAUGUGCUCAGCCUGUAGAUACAUUACGUAAUUGUGUACCCAUGAAGAGCAACAUAAAAGAUUCAAAGCUUUAUUUUAUCCUUUAAAAAUGAAAUAUUCUUGUAUCUGAAAAAUAUGUGCUCUCUAAAUCUGUUCUGUAAAUACAAAUAGAUCUAAAAUAUUACUUAUUUCUACAUUUUUCACUCAAAACAAGUGGAUUUUCAUGUCCUUUCUGCAAUUGUUGCCCUGUAGAAACUGUUCCAGAUAUUUCUAUCAGUCGAGCUAAACGUAGUACGCUAAGGAAUCACUCUUUUAAUUAUAUUCUUUUCCAGCCUUUUGUACUUUUUUCUCAGAUUCCUCCAGAGAAUACCUGAAGAGUCUGUGCAAUUUGUCAGAGAAUGUGCAACAUUUAUCAGGUUAUUCGGAGCAGUUUUUCACUGCAGACAUCAUUGGAUAUUUAUUCAAAUCAAAUGCAAGUUAUGCAAAUACAGUCUGCUGUGUUGAAUGUGGACAUUGUUUCAGAUUUUUUUUUAACAAACUUACCUUAGUCUUUGGGGCCUGCUUAUACUAUCUGUAUAAAUGUAUAAAUGUCUAAUCUUGCUCUCCUGACAGAGACAAAUACAUAUUCAAUGGUAAGAUUUUUUUAGCUGUGAAUGAAAAAUGCCAAUGCCUUUUGCAUGUAAGAGCCUCUUCAUUUUUAACCAAAAUGUGAUGUGUAUUUCCUAAAAGAUCCUAUUAAUAAAGAACAAAUGGAUACAUGUAUUAAAAUGGAAUUGAAUUCAAUCGUUGUUUUUAAAGCCUUCAAAACGUUUCAGUGUCAUUCACGGGAGAGCACAGUGAACGGUUUGGAUUAAAGGCUAAAGCUCUUCUAUGAA